AUGGAUGUUUCUUCUGGUCAAUUAGACUUAUACGAGAAGGUCGCACUAGGAACUGGUACUGGAAGUGGUCUUUGCAUAGGCAAUACAGCUGCCAUUACCAGAAUAAAUUGGCCAGGUUUAUGUCUUCAAGACUCUCCUUUGGCCGUUCGCGUUGCAUACAACGUCACAGGUGGUAUUGCGAGCAUUAAUACUGCGGCGACGUUUGAUCGCAACCUGGCUCUUCGACGUGCUCACGAUAUAGGUUCUGAAUUCCGGGGAAAAGGUAUAAACGUCCAGCUCGGCCCUGAUAUUAAUCUUGCUCGUGUUCCUGAAGCUGGCCGUAAUUGGGAAGGCUUCGGCGAAGACCCCUAUUUGACUGGAAUUAUGGGCCAGCUCGCAAUACAAGGUGUUCAAGAUUACGGUGUAAUUGCAACCGCCAAGCAUUAUAUACUGAAUGAACAGGAAACAGACCGCUUAACUGGAACCUCAAACGCUGAUGAUAGAACGAUUCACGAAGUUUAUGCGUGGCCAUUUGCAAGGGCUAUUGAGGCAGAUGUUGGCUCCGUCAUGUGCUCUUAUAAUCAGGUUAACGGCGUAUAUGGCUGUGAAAACAAAGACAUACUAAAUCGAAUAUUGAGACAAGAAAUGAAUUUUCAAGGCUUUGUCCAGAGUGAUUGGGGGUCAACUCACUCCGGGGCUAAAAGUUUGCUGGCUGGCCUUGAUAUGGAUAUGCCUGGUCCUGAUACUUUCUGGGGUGCAAGUUUACUGGCAUCGCUUCAGAAUGGGCUAGUUACGCAAAGGAAUAUAGACACAAUGGCUGCGCGAAUUCUGGCUACAUGGUACAAGUUUGGCCAGGAUCAAAAUUACCCACUUGUAGGUGUUAACUCUCAAGAUCCUCAGAGAGCUCCAUUCAUUGAUGUGCAAGACAGCCACAAGAAAACCAUCCGUGAAAUUGGAGCUGCUUCCGCCAUCUUAUUGAGAAACCUUGACGCGGUGCUCCCUCUAAGCAACGUUGCGAGCCUUGGAAUCAUAGGUACUGAUGCGGGUGCUGCGUUUUAUGGUCCAGGAGGUUGUACUGAAGGGCCGUGUGAUACUGGGACUAUCGCUGCUGGAUGGGGCUCUGGAGGGUCUUAUUUUUUCGAUCUUGUUACACCGAUUCAAGGCAUUACAUCUCGAGCUAACAAAAGCACUCGCAUCAAAAGUAGUCUUAGUAACAGUCUGCUUUCAGCUGUACAAGUAGCUGGUGCUGUAGAUGUAGCUGUGGUAUUCGUCAAUGCCGAUUCUGGCGAAGGAAGUGAUCGCUUCAAUCUUAGUCUAUGGAAUGGAGGAGAUGACCUUAUAAACGCAGUUGCACAAGUGAAUCAAAAUAUCGUAGUGGUUAUCCAUACGCCUGGUGCCGUUCUGAUGCCCUGGGUGGAUAAAGUCAAGGGCAUCAUCAAUGCUGGGUUGCCUGGUGAAGAGACUGGUAAUUCCAUAGCAGAUGUUCUAUUCGGUGAUAUUAAUCCAUCUGGCCGUCUUCCAUAUACCAUUGCUCGAAAAUCUUCUGAUUACGCCGCCCAUGCCUCGAUAACCCAACCAGUGAAUUACAGCGAAGGACUACUUAUCGGCUACCGAUGGUUUGAUGCUAAAAACAUUACUCCUCUCUUUGAGUUCGGAUAUGGCUUGUCAUACACCAGCUUUAACUAUAGUAAUCUUUCAAUCCAAAAUGAAGGAAAAACUAUCACAAUUUCUGCAAGCAUUACCAAUACCGGAGGUACAGGUGGAGCGGAAGUUCCUCAAUUAUAUAUUGGUUUUCCCCAGAGUGCGGAAGAGCCACCUAAAAUCCUUCGAGGUUUCGAGAAAAUAAUGCUCAACCCAGGUCAAAUGUCUAAUGUCUCAUUCCUGGUAAAUAUAUCCAAAGAGCUUAGCGUUUGGGAUACCCCGAGUAGAACUUGGAAGGUUCUUUCCGGUCAUUAUGGCGUCUACAUUGGUGCUAGUAGUCGGGAUAUUCGCCUUUAUGGCACGCUGCAAAUAUGA